CUCCCCAGACCCAGCCGCCACAUUCCCCCACUCGCAUCUCCCGCCCUCCCCUCCCAUCUCCGAACCAGCGGCGGCGGCGGCGGCGGCGGCAGCCAUGGACGUCAACGAGGAGGCCAUGGCGGCGAACAAGCGCGCCUUCCUCGACUUCCUCGACCAAGACGUCGGGAAGGGGGUGUACAUGCAGGCCGUGCGCGACAUGGUGCAGAGCAAGCGCCACCGGCUCACCAUCGGCAUGGACGACCUCCGCAACCACAACCUCGACCUCGCCCGCAGGGUGAUACGGAACCCCGGGGAUUUCAUGCAGCCGGCCUCGGACGCCGUGACGGAGGUGGCCAGGAACCUGGAUCCCAAGUUCCUCAAGGAAGGGGAGCGCGUGCUGGUGGGGUUCACCGGCCCGUUCGGCUUCCACAGGGUCACGCCCAGGGACCUCAUGUCCUCCUUCAUCGGGACCAUGGUCUGCGUCGAGGGCAUCGUCACCAAAUGCUCGUUGGUGAGGCCGAAGGUUGUUAAGAGUGUGCACUACUGCCCUGCUACCGCGGCUUUUAUGUCUCGUGAAUACAGGGACAUCACAUCUUUUGUAGGCUUACCUACUGGUUCAGUUUAUCCAACAAGGGAUGAAAAUGGCAACUUGUUGGUCACCGAGUAUGGGAUGUGUCAAUAUAAGGAUCACCAGACAUUGUCCAUGCAAGAGGUGCCUGAAAAUGCUGCCCCAGGACAGCUCCCAAGAACUGUGGAUGUUAUUGUAGAAGAUGAUCUUGUAGAUUGUUGCAAGCCAGGUGAUCGUGUCUCAAUUGUUGGUCUAUACAAGGCUCUCCCAGGGAAAAGCAAGGGCAGUGUUAGUGGUGUCUUCAGGACUGUCCUUAUUGCGAAUAAUGUUUCACUUCUGAACAAAGAGGCAAAUGCACCUGUCUAUACUCGGGAAGAUCUGAAGCGGAUGAAAGAAAUAUCAAGGAGAAAUGACACAUUUGACUUGCUGGGGAAUUCACUUGCUCCAUCAAUUUAUGGCCAUAUCUGGAUAAAGAAGGCAGUUGUACUCUUAAUGCUUGGUGGUGUUGAGAAGAAUUUGAAGAAUGGCACUCACUUGAGAGGAGAUAUAAACAUGAUGAUGGUGGGAGAUCCUUCCGUUGCCAAGUCCCAGCUUCUCAGAGCUGUUAUGAACAUAGCCCCUUUGGCUAUCUCAACAACUGGAAGGGGUUCAUCUGGUGUUGGUUUGACUGCUGCUGUCACUUCUGACCAAGAGACUGGGGAAAGAAGGCUUGAGGCUGGUGCCAUGGUUCUUGCUGAUCGUGGUGUUGUCUGCAUUGAUGAGUUUGAUAAGAUGAAUGAUCAAGACCGAGUUGCUAUACAUGAAGUUAUGGAACAGCAAACUGUGACCAUUGCCAAGGCAGGAAUACAUGCAUCGCUGAAUGCGAGGUGUAGUGUAAUUGCUGCAGCAAAUCCAAUAUAUGGAUCUUAUGAUCGUUCAAUAACACCAACAAAGAACAUUGGGCUUCCAGAUUCACUGCUCUCUCGUUUUGAUUUGCUUUUUAUUGUUCUUGAUCAAAUGGAUGCUGAGAUCGAUCGCCAGAUUUCAGAACAUGUUGCACGGAUGCAUAGAUACUGUGCUGAUGAUGGAGGAGCAAGGUCCUUUGAUAAAGAAGGAUAUGCUGAAGAAGAUGGUGAUGCCAAUGCAGCCAUAUUUGUUAAAUAUGAUAGAAUGCUACAUGGGCAGGAUAGAAGACGGGGCAAGAAGGCCAAACAGGACAGGCUGACCAUCAAAUUUCUGAAGAAAUAUAUACAUUAUGCGAAGAAUCUUAUUCAGCCUAGGCUCACUGAUGAGGCAUCUGACCAUAUUGCAACUACCUAUGCUGAGCUCAGAGAUGGUAGUGCAAAUGCAAAGUCUGGUGGAGGUACCCUUCCAAUUACUGCCAGGACACUGGAAACAAUAAUUCGUCUAUCUACUGCCCAUGCAAAGAUGAAACUGAGACAUGAGGUUCUGAAAAUUGAUGUUGAGGCUGCACUGCAAGUUCUGAAUUUUGCAAUAUUCCAUAAGGAAUUGACUGACAUGGAAGACCGUGAGCAGAGAGAGACUGAGAAACAACAAGAUGCAGGUGCAGGUGGUGAUAAUGUAGAUGGGCCUGGAGGAGCAAGUGGUGGCAAUGCCGACGUCCAUGGAAGCUCUGGCAACGACCCAAUGGAUGUGGAUGGAGGCUCAGGCAAUGCAUCAAAUGAUCAGGAUGUUUCUUCACAGAGAAUGGAAGCAUUUGAGGCGAUUCUUGGACAGCAUGUGCUUGCAAAUCAUGUUGAUCAAAUGUCCAUUGAUGAAGUUGAGCAAACAGUCAACAGAGAUGCAGCUGUUGCUUACACUAGAGGACAAGUAGAGUUCAUCCUGGAGAGGAUGCAAGAUGCAAACAGGAUAAUGAUUCGGGAUGGCAUUGUCCGCAUCAUCUAAUCGCAACAUGGUUCGACAUUGGACAAGCUGAUUGUGGCAUGCUUUGUCCUGAUCUGUUCUCCGGGUUGUCUGAACUCCGUGAGGUUUCGUGGAAACUAUUAAUCUGGAGCCGAGCUGUCUGUUGAUGUACUUUGUAUCUUGAUUUUAUCAGUCGGGUUUAAAUUUGAUGGUACUUUUUUUUAUUAAUGUAAUGUACCGUCUUACCUAGUGAUACCUAGUCCCUGAUUAUGUGUGGUUUGCAUGAUUCAAUGCAAUUAAAUUACUUGAA